UGCGGGUCGGUUCUGCGCGUGCUGCCGGCCGAGGCUCCCGCUGCCGAUUGACCCGCGCUCCGCCCCGUAGCCGGGCCGGCUCCUGGUAGCUCAUGUCCGAGGACAGUGACUCCCCGCGGACCAGCCCCUCGGCCGCCUCGCUCUCGGAGAAUGAGCCGGCCGCCGCGGCCCCCGGGUACGUGUGCUCGCUGAGCGCCGAGCUGGUCACCAAAGCCAGGGAGGAGCUGCAGGAGAAGCCCGAAUGGCGGCUUCGGGACGCGCAGGCCCUUCGGGACAUGGUGCGGAAGGAGUGCCCCGGCCUGAGCACCGCCCUGGACGACGCCUUCCUGCUGCGCUUCCUGCGGGCCCGCAAGUUUGACUACGACCGGGCCCUGCAGCUCCUGGUCAACUACCACGGCUGCCGGAGGAGCUGGCCCGAGGUCUUCACCAACCUGAGGCCAUCGGCCUUGAAAGAUGCCCUGGCCUCCGGCUUCCUCACGGUGCUGCCCCACACCGACCCCCGCGGCUGCCACAUCCUCUGCCUCCGCCCAGACAGGUGGAUCCCGAGCAGUUACCCAAUCACCGAGAACAUCCGGGCCGUAUACUUGACCUUAGAGAAGCUCAUUCAGUCUGAAGAGACCCAGGUGAAUGGCAUUGUCAUCCUCGCCGACUACAAGGGUGUGAGCUUGUCAAAGGCGUCCCACUUUGGCCCCUUCAUAGCCAAGAAGGUGAUUGGCAUUCUCCAGGAUGGUUUCCCCAUUCGGAUAAAGGCCGUGCACGUGGUCAACGAGCCUCGCAUAUUUAAAGGUAUCUUUGCCAUCAUCAAGCCAUUCCUGAAGGAGAAAAUAGCCAACAGAUUCUUCCUGCAUGGCUCCGACCUGGACUCGCUUCACACGAGCCUUCCACGGAGCAUCCUCCCCAAGGAGUACGGGGGCACUGCCGGUACACUGAACAUCGCUGCCUGGAAUGAGGUGCUGCUGGCCUCAGAGGAGGCCUUUGUGAGGGAGUUCUGCCAGCCUGUGACCACCUGCGGCAGCCUCCCGGAGGAGACCCUACAGCCGGGGAGGCUGGCCGCCGACGCGCAGUGUGACGACUCCCUGCGGGCCGUGAAGUCACAGCUGUCCUCCUGCUACUAGCCUGGGCGCGAGCCCUGUGCUCCUCCGAGGCACGAGGAGAGCCCUUGGUUACUCGGAUUACUCCACGGAAGACUUGAAAACCACGUUCCAAGGGGCAACCCAUUAACCUGGAAGCUGGGUCUGAUGGCCAGGCAGCUCGAAGCAAGGCAAAAUUGGGCCAAAGUCCCUCGGGCCCCUGGCAGUCAGCACGCUGCCCUGUGCGAGAUGGUCACUCUGGACGUUGGGGGCCCUGGAGUCGACCCCACGUGACGGGAUGGAACUGCCCUCCCGGCUGUCAUCCAUCCGGGUGUAGACCACCCGCCUGUCUUCCUCCUUUGGGAGUUUGGGUCUCUCGCAUGAGUGUAACUGUUGAGCUCGGGUGCUCAGCAGGAAACUUCCAGUGUGAGAUGCGGCCACUCACCUUCGGGCACCAGAGGGCCGGCCACUCACCUUCUGGCACCAGAGGGGAACCAUACAAGUUUCCCCACCUGCACAGCAUUUGCUGAUCCAAUUCAGGAGCCAGAGACUUGGAAGCCCCUCUGGGAUUCACAGGCAGAACCUUGCAACAGAAAACUUAAGUUUCCCCAAACCCGUCAAGCCUUACCCCUGGUUUUCAAUCGAACCAGGCAGGAAGUAUAUGAUGAUUUUACAACACCUGGAAUACUGGAUGGCAGGCCAAUGUAGAAUUCUGGCCUAGGAAUGAGAUGCAGAUGUGUGACUUUGGACAAGACACAGGCCUCCCAGCCUGACCUUUCUCAUCUGUAAAAUGAGGUGGGCUGAAGGGUGACUGGGGCCCAUCUGGCUGCUUCUGAGACUGGGCCCGUGACUGAGUGGUGUCUGACCCUGGUUCCCUGCCUCGAAGAUCACCUAGAGUUGCAAGGGGGGGUGGGGGGCGCGCUCCUGUUUUCUGGGUCACAUCGCAGGCCUUUCUGAGAGGGAUGUGGCACUAUGUAGCUCUGUCCUUACAGAAGCUGAGGGCGGCAACCCCGGGACUUGCCUGGUGUGGUGAUGGGUAGACUUGGAGAGGAUUGCUUUUGUGAAGGUCUAAGAGGGCAGGUGAGAUGGCCAAGCUCCCGGGUGGACUCUCUCCAGCCUGAUGCUCUGUUGCUAUAUUGUAAGCCUGGCAAUGGGGCAUGGUCUCCUUGUGUGGGAUUCUUAAAUAGAGAUCUCUGGAAAUGAACUUGAGGCCAGGUGAUUGCUGGGGCACUUCUGGGACCAUCAAUCCCCCUUCCAAAACCUACCAUGGACUCACCCUCCAGGUGGUGGAUAGACAGACGUACAUGGGUCCAGCAAGCCUGGAUGUCUGCUGUUUCAGCACUUUAGAACCUCCUGUCAAGAAUCGCCCUGUCGCCCAGGCAUCCAGUCUGGUGGGCCAGCUGAUGGCUUCGACCUGCUUCGCAUUCAUUCCAUGGAUAUAUGUCCGGUGUUAAUGGAGUGAUGAUACUCACA